AGCCAGAGGUGCUGCAUGAGGGGCCGCAGGGGCGACCGCAUGACCAUCAACAUCCAGGAGCACAUGGCCAUCAACGUGUGUCCUGGACCCAUCAGGCCCAUUCGCCAGAUCUCGGACUACUUCCCUCGCAGGGGGCCAGGACCAGAGGCUGCUGGCAGCAGGGGCUGCGGGGAUGCCCCAGCUCAUUUGACCCCUCUGGCUCUGGCCCCCCCUGCGGCUCUCCUUGGGGCCACCACACCCGAUGAUGGAGCUGAGGUAGACAGCUACGACUCGGAUGAUACCACUGCCCUGGGCACUCUGGAAUUCGACCUUCUCUAUGACCAGGCUUCCUGCACUCUGCACUGUCGAAUCCUCAGGGCCAAGGGCCUCAAGCCCAUGGAUUUCAAUGGCCUGGCUGACCCCUAUGUCAAACUGCACCUCCUGCCGGGAGCCUGCAAGGCCAAUAAGCUAAAGACUAAAACCCAGAGGAACACACUGAACCCUGUGUGGAACGAGGAGCUGACGUACAGCGGAAUCACGGACGACGACAUCACACACAAGGUGCUCAGGAUCUCUGUCUGUGACGAGGACAAGCUGAGCCACAAUGAGUUUAUCGGGGAGAUCCGAGUGCCCCUCCGCCGCCUCAAGCCUUCACAGAAGAAGCAUUUUAACAUCUGCCUUGAGCGCCAGGUCCCGCUUCCUUCACCCUCUUCAAUGUCUGCGGCACUGAGGGGCAUUUCCUGUUACCUAAAGGAGCUAGAGCAGGCAGAGCAGGGACCUGGGCUGCUGGAAGAGCGUGGGCGCAUCCUGCUGAGCCUCAGCUACAGCUCCAGGCGGCACGGGCUGCUGGUGGGCAUUGUUCGCUGUGCCCACCUGGCUGCCAUGGAUGUUAACGGCUACUCUGACCCUUAUGUGAAGACGUACUUGAGACCAGAUGUGGAUAAGAAAUCCAAGCAUAAAACAUGUGUAAAGAAGAAGACAUUAAACCCAGAAUUUAAUGAGGUAAACAUGACAAGGAGCAGAAGUGAAGAUGGGCUGGAGGUGGGGAUGUGGUCAGAAGGCCUGACAGAGCACUGCCCGCCUUGUUCUCAGGAGUUCUUCUAUGAGAUGGAACUCUCCACUCUGGCCACCAAGACCCUGGAAGUCACAGUCUGGGACUACGACAUUGGCAAAUCCAACGACUUCAUCGGUGAGUGGAGGGGCCCACCAGGUGCCGAGGGAAGUGGGGCAGGAGAAUGGGCACUGAUUGGGUCUGCCUGCCUUGGCUGUUCUCUAGGUGGUGUGUCUCUGGGGCCAGGAGCCCGGGGAGAAGCACAGAAACACUGGAGUGACUGUUUACAUCAACCGGAUACAGCCCUGGAGCGCUGGCACACCCUGACCAGCGAGCUGCCCCCAGCAGCAGGGGCUUUCCCUUUGGCCUGA